GGGGGAACGCUUCCGGGUCAGCGCCCGGCGGAGCAGUGAGGAUGGAGCUGGAGAGGAUCGUGCUGCCCCCCCCCGGGCCCCUGCACCUCCCCCUGGCACUGUUGGAAUUGGGCUGCGCCGGGCGCUGCGAACUGCUGCCGGGUCCCGCCCCCCCCCGCAGCACGCUUCCCCAGGGCCUCCCGCCCUUCACUCCUCCCCUGACAGCGGAGUUGGAGCAGUGCUUCCUGGGGACCCCUGCCUGGCUGCCCCCCCACCAGCAUGAGCGAGCUCAGAGGUGCUGGACGCGGGUGCCCACCCCCCGGGCACUGUUUGUGUUGGAGCCAACCCCGGUGCACAGCAGUGUGCGGGCGCUGCGGGACCCCGGCACGGGAGCACUGCAGGGCUUUGUCGAGGAGCUGCAUGAGGACUCAGGGCUCGCAUCUUCCCCAGACGUCAGCAGCAUCCCCCAAUGGGAAGGUGGUUUGGAGGAACCUCCCCUGGAGUUGCUCCACACCCAGGGGCCAAAUGAAGAGGAUUUGGACCUUGAAAAUGAUUUGCUGACCACCCCCCCCGGGCUGAAACGUGGUGUUGAGUUCCAGCCCAGAGCCCCCGGAGCCCGGGGGGGGGCACCAUCACUCUGUAGCGUUUUGGGGGCAUUGGAUUCCUUGGAGUUGGGGGGGGCAGAAGAAGAGCAGAAAAAAGAGGGGGAGGGUGCUGGGGGGGGUACCCCCUCUCAGCCCCCCCCUGACAAAGGAGGGGCGCCUUCCCCCACACCCCCCCUGCGCCGUGCAGACAGCCUGGAGGAGCUGGUGAUGGGGGAGGUGCUGGUGCCCCCCACCACAGCCACCCCUUCUGUGCCCCCCCAAAGUGAGGAGGAGGAGUGGGCGGUGGAGGAGGACUGCAGCGUCCCCGUGGAGGACUUUGAGGAGAAGAUCCCAGAUCCAGCAUUCAAGUGGCCGUUCCGCCCCGAUGCGUUCCAGCAGCGCGCGGCGCUGUGCCUGGAGCGGGGGCAGUCACUGCUGGUGGCUGCGCACACCUCUGCCGGCAAAACCGCCGUGGCUGAAUACGCCAUCGCGUUGGCACGGCGACACAUGACACGGGCCAUCUACACGUCACCCAUCAAAGCGCUCUCCAAUCAGAAGUUCCGUGACUUCAGGGCCACCUUUGGGGAUGUGGGGCUGCUGACGGGGGAUGUGCAGCUGCGCACCGACGCCUCCUGCCUCAUCAUGACCACCGAGAUCCUGCGCUCGAUGCUGUACAACGGCUCCGAGGUGCUUCGUGAGUUGGAGUGGGUCAUCUUCGACGAGGUGCACUACAUCAACGAUGCCGAGCGCGGCGUGGUGUGGGAGGAGACGCUGAUCCUGCUGCCUGAGCACGUGGGGCUGGUGCUGCUCAGUGCCACCAUCCCCAAUGCCCUCGAGUUCGCCCAGUGGGUCGGCCGCACAAAGCGGCGCUGCCUGCGGGUGCUGAGCACACGGCAGCGCCCGGUGCCCCUCGAGCACUUUCUCUACACUGGGGGCGGCGGUCCGCCCUCACCCCGUGACCUCUUCCUGCUGCUGGAUGCACGGGGUGGCUUCAACACCCAGGGGUACUAUGCAGCGGUGGAGGCACAGAAGCAGCGGGCGAGCAAACACACACAGAGCUUUGGGGCCAAACAGCCCCACGGGGGGGGCAGCGGCCCCGGGCAGGACCGUGCCAUGUGGCACUCGCUGGUGGCACUGCUGCAGGCGCAGGGGCAGCUCCCGGCCGUGGCCUUCACCUUCUCCCGCGGGCGCUGCGAUGCCCACGCGGCCGCCCUGGGCCGCACCGACCUCAGCUCAGCCGCCGAGAAGGGCCGCGUGCGGGGCUUCGUGCGGCGCUGCCUGGCCCGGCUCCGGGGGGGGGACCGCCGCCUGCCCCAGGUGCUGCAGAUGUCGGAGCUCCUGGAGCGCGGCAUCGGGGUGCACCACAGCGGGGUGCUGCCACUGCUCAAGGAGGUGGUGGAGAUGCUCUUCAGCCAGGGGCUGGUCAAGCUGCUCUUUGCCACCGAGACCUUCGCCAUGGGGGUGAACAUGCCGGCGCGCACCGUCAUCUUCGACUCCAUCCGCAAACACGACGGCAACAACUUCCGCGACCUGCUGCCAGGUGAGUACGUGCAGAUGUCGGGGCGCGCCGGGCGCCGCGGGUUGGACCGCACCGGGACUGUCAUCAUCCUGUGCCGGGGGACGGUGCCCGACAUGGCCGACCUGCACCGCGUCAUGCUGGGCCGCCCGUCGGGGCUGCAGUCGCAGUUCCGCCUGACGUACGGAACCAUCCUCAGCCUGCAGCGCGCGGCCGCGCUCACCGUGGAGGGGUUGAUGCGCAACAGCUUCGGAGAGUUCCCCCUGCGGCGCCGCGCUGCGGCACAGCAGCGGCGCGUGGCUGAGCUGCAGCAGGAGCUGAAAGCGCUGGGAGAGCCCCCGCAGGAGGGGACGCUGGAUGACCUCCCCCAGUACUACGAGGCCGUGCAGGGGCUGCUGGAGGCGCGGGCAGAGCUGCAGCGUCGCGUGGCGCAGUCGGUGGCAGGGCUGAAGGCGUUGGCCCCCGGGCGGGUGGUGGUGGUCUGCACCCCUCAGCACCACAAUGCGCUGGGGCUCAUCCUGCAGGUGACUGCUGAAAGCGGGGGGGGGCGCACCAUCACAACAAUGGUGCUGAGUGAGAAACCCACAGAGGAAGGGGGGCCGCCUCCUUCGCCCCCCCCGGACGCCCCCUACCCUGAGGACAUUCUGCUGAGCCGGCUCUUCCUGCCUGAGGGCCCCCCUGGAGCGGCGCUGGAGCAGCUGCACCCCGAGGACCUGGGGGGCAUUGUGGGGCGCACACUGCGGGCAAACCCCCCCCGGCUGCUGGAGGAGCUGCGGCGGAGGCAGACGGCACGGGGAAGGAAGGACCCCCCCAGCCCCGAGCUGCUCUCAGCCCUGCAGGAGCUGCUGCGCAUGGCGGGGGGGGCCCCGGGGGGGCUGCCCCUGCUGGACCCAGUGGGGGCACUGCAGCUGCGGGACCCCCCUGCCGUGGAGGCGGCCGCCCGCGCCCGGAGCCUGGGGGCAGCCCUGGGGGGGUUUCGCUGUGUGCACGGCCCCCGCUUUCCUCAGCUGUACUCGCAGUUCGCUGCCCGGCGCCGCCUGCAGGCACAGGUGGAGCAGCUCCAGUACGAACUGUCGGACCGCUCCCUGCUGCUGCUGCCCGAGUACCGCCAGCGCCUCGGCGUGCUGCGGGCUCUGGGCUACGUGGCCGACGGGGGUGCGGUGCAGCUCCCCGGGCGUGUGGCGGCACUGCUGAGCUGCCACGAGCUGCUGCUGACGGAGCUGCUGCUGGGCAACGUGCUGAGCCCGCUGCGCCCCGAGGAGGUGGCCGCGCUGCUGUCCUGCACAGUGCACCCAGGCCGGGGCGAGCCGCCCCCCAAACUGCCUCCCAACCUGCAGCGGGGCAUGGAGCAGAUCCGCGCCGUGGCGGAGCGCGUGGGGCGGCUGCAGGAGGAGUGGGGGCUGCCGCAGAGCGCCGAGGACUACGUGGGGCAGUUCGGCUUCGGGCUGGCAGAGGUCGUGUACGAGUGGGCACGCGGCAUGCCCUUCGCCGCUCUGGCAGCCCUGGCGCCGCUGCAGGAGGGCGCGGUGGUUCGCUGCAUCCAACGCCUGGAGGAGCUGUGCCGGGAGCUGCGCCGCGCCGCGCGGAUGUUGGGCGACCCGGGGCUGGCGGCCACCAUGGAGGCGGCGAGCGGCUGCAUCAAACGGGACAUCGUCUUCGCCGCGAGUCUCUACAUCCAAUAAAGGCCGCGGGAUCCGCCGCGGGGCAGCGCUG